AUGAUUCCCAUACUCCUCGCCGUCUGUCUCCUUGUCACUUCGGCCACGGCCGUCCCGCAGAUCGUCGAUCUUUCAUACAGACAGUAUCGCGGGCAAGAGCUUCAAAAUGGGCUCACGCAGUGGCUCGGAAUCCAGUACGCAGCUCCCCCGAUCGGAGACUUGAGAUUCCGUCCUCCCCAGGACCCUCCAGUCGUCCAAGGCGUACAAGAUGCAUACCACUACGGCCCUGUGUGCCUCCGCACCGGCCAGGACCCUUACUACAAGGAAACAUCCGAAGACUGCCUCUACCUUGACGUCAUGGCCCCUUCCAACGCCACGGAGACUUCGAAGCUUCCCGUGAUGGUUUGGAUCCAGGGCGGGGCCUUCAACGCCAACACCAGACCGCGCUUCAACAGCUCCGGCCUGAUCGCCGCGGCCCAGUACGACAUGGUGGUCGUCAACUUCAACUACCGGGUCGGCCUCUGGGGCUUCCUCACCAACGGAGGCAGCAUCACGGCCAACAACGGGCUCCGGGACCAGCGCAAGGUCCUCGAGUGGGUUCAGCAGCACAUCCACAAGUUCGGCGGCAACAAGGACCACGUCGUCCUGGUCGGCAGCAGCGCGGGCGCCGCCAGCGUGAGCAUGCACAUGAUGGCCGACAACGGCACCGACCGCGGCCUCUUCCACGGCGCGACCCUCGCCUCCGCCUCGUACGCCACCAUCCUCACCAUCGACGAGUCCCAGUACCAGUACAACAACCUCGCCAUCCGCCUGGGGUGCACCGUCAAGGACAGCCUGGCCUGCCUGCGGAACAAGACGGCCGUGGAGAUCCAAAAGGUCAACACGUACAACCUGCCCCUGCCCCGGGCUGCCAAGCCGCCCCUGUACCAGUGGCUGCCCGUGCUCGACAACGAGUUCAUCCCCGACUACCCCUACCGCGCCUUCGCGGAGGGCAGGGUGAUCAAGGUGCCCACCAUCAUCGGGGACGACAAGAACGGCGGCACCGACUUCACCGAGAGGACCACGGCGAGCUUGGUCGACAGCAACCUCUGGAUCGCGAACCAGUACCCGACCAUCAAGCCAGACAUGUUUGGCGAGGUCAACAGGCUCUACCCGAACACCAAUAACACAUGCCCGAAUGCGGGGUGCUACUGGAGGCAGCUGAGCGACGUGUACGGAGACAUAAGGUUCAUGUGCCCGGCGCUGUUCAUGUCGUCGCAGCUUAGGGCGCUGGGCUCGUCCGCAUCGUACUCGUAUCUCUGGAAUGUAGAGGACCCGGCACUCAUGAGAGAGGGACUAGGGGUCCCGCAUACCGUCGAGACGGACGCUCUGCUGGGGACCCAGUACGGCAAAGAAGGCGCGCCCGAGAGCUACAAGCCGGGAGGUAUCAACGAGAUGGCCUCGCCGAUCAUGCAGGGUUACUGGACCAGCUUCAUCAGGUCGCUGGACCCGAAUAAGUAUCGCUAUCCCGGGACAGCAGAGUGGCGCAACUGGGAGACGAGAUCGCCCAGGCGGAUCGUGUUCGGUACGAAAGGGAAGACCGAGAUGGAGGAGAUCCCUCCUGAGCUCAAGGAGAAAUGUGAGUUUUGGGUGAAACAUGGGGUCCAAAUGCUGCUGUAA